AAACAGAAACGAAGGACGCAAUAUUGUUAUCGUCUUUACACCGCCAAUUGGACACUCAGCCAUAAUUUUUUAUAUACUUUGUCUUUGUUACAAUCUUCUGUUAGGAAAUUUCUUGCCGAAAGAUCUAGUUUUGAGGGACUAUUUUGGACUCAAAGUUGGCCGAAUGACUCCGUAAUCAUACGGCUGAAUGGUUCGUUGAUGAUUGUGUAACGAUCCAGGACUGAGAUAAAACGAGCAUCAGAACGUAAGAGACUUUAUUCAACGCCAGAUGGACGCGUUGUACUGUGGUUGGUUCACAGAAAAUCCACCUCCGGGACUUUAUUGGUCGACGGUGAGUCCAUGUUUCUGAAGCAAUGACGCCCAAAUGAGUGUGUGUAACCAAGGUGGACACUUCAACAUCGGUGGUGAAAAUUGCUGGUUGAAACUGAGCAUUUUGGGGGACAAGACGUCGUGUUUGUUCUAGAGACGGCAUCUUGAAUCGACCUCCUUGCCAACAAAAGACAACAUGGAUUCCCAGACAACAGAGGGCGCUACUACCGCGAUGAAUGACCCAACCCCAUUCGAUGCAAUAAUGCUAAAGACCGUCUACAGCAUCAUUGGUCUGCUUGGAAUAGUAGGCAACUCACUUGUCAUUUACCUGGUGGUCAAGGUUCCGUCUCUCCGAUCCGUUACCAAUGUACUGAUCUGCAACCAGGCUCUGAUAGACUUGACGAGCAGCAUAUUCUUCGUGUGUUUCUAUCUCGUUCCUGAGCCACCUCUGCCCGAGUCGACCGCAGCAGCCAGCGUGCUGUGCAAGCUGUGGUUAUCCGGCUGGCCACUCUGGGGUUUCUCAGUCAGCUCCACGGUCAACCUCGUACUUCUCACCCUCGAGAGAUACUUUGCCAUCAUGCAUCCCAUCAAGUACCGGUACAGGUUCUCUAUGCGACGCGCCAAGUUCCUGGCCAUCAUCCCCUGGUUUGUUGGUCCUCUCCACGAGCUGGGAUGGGCCCUGGUACAGACAGUGGACUCGGAGGGCCAGUGCGUCCCUUUGUGGCCGUCAGUCAUCCUCCAGUGUGUCCUAGGAGUGGUCUUCUUCACCGGUCACUACAUGCUUCCUGUCACGCUCAUGGUCUACGUCUACACCAAGAUCAUUUUGAAGCUUCGAAGCGACUGGCGCUCAUCUACUACGUCUCCGUCACGAGAUGCUCAUGCGCCGAACAACAAUGCCCCCGCUCUUAAUGACCCCCAAAGUUCUGAAUAUAACAGUGAUCGGAGGAACACCACAGACUGUGCGCCCAAUUCCCCUGUUCCGAGGCGGAGACACUUCAGCCUCCUUGCUUCCAAAAGUGUGCUCCGCACUCUCCUAAUCGUCUCGGCUUCUUACAUCGUGUGCUGGGGUCCCAACGAGAUCAUCUACCUGCUCUUCAACCUGGGUGUCCCGGUGGAGUUCGGCGGUCUGUACCACAACCUCUCCGUCAUCUUCGUCUUGUGCAACAUGUGUCUGAACCCCAUCGUCUACGCCUUCCACUAUGAGGAACUCAAGAGGGCGCUCCGGACCACGCUGCCGACGUGUGAAAUGAACGGGAAACUGAGAAUGAGCUGCUGUAGCGAAUGCUGCAAAAAAUCUAAAACGUAUGAAGUAGAGGGAUCGGAACAACAACUGGCAACUGUGACGUUACAAGAUGGGGCUAUCACAAGACUUUGAAAAAAAAACCCACUAUGCAUUUAAAAAAAAAAAAAUAAGAACGUCAUUUCCGUGACAGAACAUACAGACUUGACGUUUCAUGCAAGUGCACGUAGUUACUGACAACUCAAAAUUGACGAGAGGCUUUACUGUUGGUUGGAGUUUGGUUGGGCGCCCUCUAUAUUUUUUUGAGAGGCCCUAGUCUGGUUCACGUUAAUUUCCACAACACUCGUGUCAGACGCAGUUAACUUAUGGACAACACCAUGCAGCGCCAGCCUUUGCAUGCAGUGCAUGUUCCCAUAAUUUAGUUAUGCUUCCUCAAUGAUUUUAUGCGCAUGCCACUUUUGUUAGAUGUUAUGUUUUCCUUAACACUUUACAGUUCAAAUAGGGGAUACAGCAAUAUUUCUUUGCAUUUUUUUCUGUUCACAGUGCACCUUUCGUAACGCACAAUAUCUUAAAUUUUCCCUUUUAAAACACUUAAUUCGGUGAAUUUGUAUGAUAAGUAUGAGGUGGGUUCAUUUUUAAUGAUUAUGUCUUUGAGGUCUUUGAAGUUUUACACACCAUUACGAACUGCGAAAAAAAAGCAAAGUUGGAUUAAAGUUUUAACAAGUCAAUCACAAGAGA